UAAUGGUAGAGGCCGGCGGUAUUUCCAAAAAAAAUGUGCAUUUAUUUACAAAAAAGUAGCGCUACAAAGAUCGAUUUUUAUCUCAACAACGAAGCAAGCUAUUGACAUGGUCCAAGCGACAAAACUGAUCAGAAAAAUCGAACGCAGACGGCCAGCGAAAAAACUAAGCGAUUUGGUGAAGUUCGUAGUCACCUGCUCUCAGAGCCAACAGUCUACAACAAUACUUUUUUCUCCAGUCAAACGUCUCCCUUACCCCACUAUGAAAGUGCUACCGCUCCUUGACACAUCCGAAAUCAUGGCAUACACUGGUGCAAGAAAAUCGACGAUUGAAAGGGUUGCGCGAUGCUAUAAGUUCACUGGGAAGCCUGGCAGAACUCGAAUGAUGGACUUGGAAGAUAUUGAGUACAUGCAUGGCCAUUUGUCCCGCAGCUGUGAUAUGUAUCUAGACGAACUCCGUGAUGAGAUUAGCCAGGCUCGCGGGAAACACCUGUCAUUGUCCACAAUCUGGCGAACACUUCAUCGCACGGGCUAUUCAAGGAAGAAAGUUAGUGUCUUGACGCUACAGCUGCUCUGACGUCUGGGACAGACCUGGAUCCACCUGGCACUGUGGCCGCUGACAAAGUGCUGGACUUUUUUGGUGGAAUGGGCUGUGGCCGUGGUUUAGUCUUUGAGACGACUUCCUGGCUUGGAGGAUGUUCUGCCUGUGUACCACUGGGGGCUGUAAUUGCUUUUUCAGAGGACAACUGCAUUUCCGAGGCUCCUUGACCUUGCGCACUCGGGUAGAAGCCUUUGCCAUCCUGCGAGACAAUGUAGCAGACCGGGAAAAGUGAGAUGUGUGUGAAUUUAGUUUUUAUGCUAGCGGACAUGAGGCAAGUGUCCAUUUCGCCAAAUCAUUCCAUCCUUUCUACAGUCUUCUGCGCCUCAUUUUUCUGAUCAAUUCUACUGGCUCUGAGAGCAGGUGACUACGAACUUCACCGAAUCGC